AUGAUGUCGCGAAUUGCGGCCUGCGGGGCGGUAUUUGCUGCUCUGCUCAAAUCUCCGUUCUCGUACUCAUUUCGAUGGACUUCGAUAUGCAGACUGCACAGUCUUCCCUCGUCCUUUGUAUCUCCUGAAUCCACUAUCCAGGUAGAUUACUCUCACCCUCAACUUCUUUUGUGGCUCACUGAAACGCUGCAUCUAUCUGCUGUCUUUAAGGUGUCCACUAACUAAAUCUGAUAUCCACGCAUAAAUCAAUAUUACAGUAUUAUCCCUCCCCCUCUCCAUGCGCACCCGUAUACCGGAGACAAACUCGGUGCAGUUGUGUUGCGUUUUGAGGUUUCACUGCCGUUUCCUUAUUUGAAGCAUUUUUUCCCCGGUAUGAAUUGAAAACAAGCAUGUACAGCAGAAUUUAUUGAGGCCAACAAAUUUCGUGACGGCUUUUCAACUGCAACCCGUCUCUGCAUAACAUAGGUAACGAAUGAAAGCGCACAGCAGUAUGAAUUUGUACAGAAUGGCAGGGCAUAGGAGCAAGGUCAAAGUUCAAAAUAAUCAAUAAUCAGAUAAGACGUCCACAUAAGCAUCAAAAAGGAAAAAGGGGGAGACGAAAUGUUAACAACAAAUCACAGUCAGAGGAAAAUCGAGGCGUGAGAUUACCAGGGCAGUUGCAGAUUGAUCACGUGAUCUAACUGCUUGCACAGGUCUGGUUUCUCCCUCCGUAUGUAGGCUGCUUCCAGAUAACGCAAGGUUCGAGUUGUACAUGCUCGGACAAGUACUCGAAAGGAUGCUUUAGGGUCGACAACAUGACCGCUAUCUAACAGGUGUUUCGUUAUAGACGAACUGGGGGUUCUAUUUUCCUGUUUGGAAAGCCAAUUAGGCAAAUGCUCAGUGGCCCUGGUUGCCAAUUGCCUUUGCGUUCGUCCAAUGUACUUGCAUCCGCAAGUGCAUGUGAAUUCAUACACACAAUUGGGGGUGGCGUGCAUUGGCUAGGCAUCCUUUGUCCGGUUAAUUGGAAGGCUUUUUGUGGAACUGAUGAAGAACAGCUCUGCUGCGUUGUACGUUCUUUCUAUAGUGCAACGCAAGCGUCGCUUGAUUGUGUUUGAGACGUUGUCACCCUUAAAAGGUAGACAUAUUAUAACGGGCAUCUUCGGAACGGACUGUUCCGUCAACUUUGGCCGUAAAUGGUUGCUGUACUUCUGAAUGAAGCGUGCAGGAUAACCACGAUUAAGUAAAGCUUCUUUGAUACGGGCAGUUUCUGUAUCUAUGGUCUCCCUGGAGCAAAUAUUUCUCGCUCUUUGAAAAAGAGUAUGUACUAGAUUACGUUUCCAUUGUAUUGACGCAAAGCUUUUAAAAUGUAGGUAUUGCCCUUUCCACGUAGUCUUGUGGAAGACGGAGCGUCUUAUUGAACCAUCAUCCUCUCUAACCAUGAGGACGUCCAGGAAGGGUAACUUGUUAAACUGCUCCAUUUCCAUCGUAAAUUUGAUUUUAGGAUGCAGAUUAUUCAUCAGGCAAAGUAGGUCGGAGGCGUCUUCCUUGUUAUCAACAAUCGUGAAUAUAUCAUCCACGUAUCUCCUGUAUAAUGUUGUCAUGUUUAAUUCUGAGGACACCUUAUCUUCUAGGUAACCCAUAAAAACAUCGGCGAGGGUUGGCCCAACUGGACUACCCAUUGCGACUCCGUCAAUUUGUCUGUAAAGUUCCCCAUUAAACAGAGAUUGAACGUCUUUCCUUAUUUCCUAUGCAAGUUACCCUUUGAUCUCUUUAUAUUUCAACACUUACUCUCGACUUAUUUUAUGACAAAGUGAAACACUGCACCUGUCCCUCUUUAGAGUGUCCACUAACUAAAUCUGAUAUCCGCACGUAACUCAUUAUGCCGGUAUUAUUGUGGUUGUGUUGCGUUUCACUGCCGUUUCUUUCUUUUUUGGAAAAGUUACCCGAUGCCACAGUUUCCCUGUUUUAAUGACGCGUCUUUUACUUACACAAAGGUUCAUCGAGACCCUCCACCGACUUCCGCCAAUGUACAUCCGGGCGUGCAAGAUGUUAUUCUUGCCAAAUUCCAAGGGAAUGCGACGCUACCUCGUCGAGGCAGCGAGCUGCUGGCCAGAGAGUCCACGGCAGUCUCCGGGACUCCUGAUCAUAACAAACUGCAGACAAUGUGCGCUCUCCAGGUGUCGUUUUAA